AGCUGCUGUUCCUAGUGGUGCAUCUACUGGAAUAUACGAGGCUCUGGAACUGCGAGAUGGAGGGUCUGAUUACCUUGGCAAGGGUGUCUCAAAGGCUGUUAACAAUGUCAACACCAUUAUUGGACCUGCCCUAGUUGGAAAGGACCCAACAGAUCAAACUGCUAUUGACAAUUUCAUGGUUCAACAACUUGAUGGCACUCAGAAUGAGUGGGGUUGGUGCAAACAGAAGCUUGGUGCAAAUGCUAUUCUUGCUGUGUCCCUUGCUGUGUGCAAAGCUGGAGCUGCUGUCCUCAAUAUCCCUUUGUACAAGCACAUUGCUAACCUAGCUGGCAACAAGAAGAUUGUGCUCCCUGUCCCUGCUUUCAACGUCAUCAAUGGUGGUUCACAUGCUGGAAACAAACUGGCCAUGCAG